UCACCUCACCUCAGUCCCGGCAGCAGGCAGACAGGUAAGGCUGCUGACACACUGAUCCUCAUGCUCCCUGCCCAGACUCACCUUCACUUUGGAAUCGGUUGGAUUUACUAGGACGUAAUUUUUCUAAAUAGUAUAACGAGGACAGAUCUGGAUCUGGCCAAGUCCCCCCCUGGAGUGAUCUCUGGCGCCCCCUAGGGGAUGCGCUACCAUGGCCCCGCUGGACCUGAGGAUGCCCAGGAGCCACCUGCCCCUCCUCCUGCUCCUGCUGCUGGCAGUGCGGCCCAGUGAGGAGCAGGUGUCCAUUGAAACUCUUGCAGUUGGUUCUGCAAGCACAUCAAGCAGCAGUCCCAUUGAAUACCUUCUGGAGAUUCAAGUCCAGACCUCUGAUUUUGAGGAGUUCAGGAACCUCCAGGACACCUUGAAGCUCCCCACAGCACUCUCUGAGACUAGCAACAUCACCGGCCUCAACACCACCACAGUGUGCGCCCUGGUCGCAGACAGAUUCCAGUGUGAGUGCGAGAGUACGUUCUUCUGGCCGUUAGACAGCUGCCGACAGUAUGGAAGCUGUGGACAGCAGGAAGCCACCUGUACCUGUCUCACAUCCCUGCCAGCUGAUGAUCUCUUCUGCCAGCCCAGAUUCGAAUGGCUGUACGAGGUGGAAUUGGGCAUCCCUGGUUCCCUGGCGAUGGCGGCAGAAUCUCUGGCCUUCGCCAGGCCACAGAUUAGAGAGAUCUCCAUUUCUGGUUCUCAGCUCAGCCCAGCUCUGCGUCUGACAGAGGUUAACCUCACCACAGUGUGCACCUCACCAACCGACAGCAGCAUGAAGUGCCAGUGUGAGGGGGAGUAUGGCUGGUCAUGUGAACAGUGUGAGACCUAUGGCGUGUGCACCAGUAAGAAAAUAACAGAUCCUUGUGGAUGCAUCAAUGGAUUUCCUGAUGAUGGACAGCUCUGCCGGCCAAUCAUAAGCCUCUCUUCGUGUCGUACGACAACGCCUACACCUACGACAACGCCUACACCUACACCUACGACAACGCCUACACCUACGACAACGCCUACACCUACGACAACGCCUACACCUACUCCUGCCCCAGUGGUGGCCACGCUGACCCUCACCAUGGCCAUUGAUUUCCAAGAGGCCUUCACAAAUCCAGAAAACGGCUUCUACCAAACAGUGGAGGGCUCCAUCAAAAGUAACAGCGGGAAGGCUGGCUUUACAUCGGCCACCCUGGUUCGAGUACGCCCCGGCAGUGUGAUCGUUGACUACACAGUCAACUCUGCGGGUGCGAUCCCGCCCAACGCGAUCAGGGACCUCGAGGACGGCCUCUUCUCAGACCUGGGGGCUCAAUUCUCGAUCGUCACAAAUCCACCUCUACGGUUCGAUCCGGCGGAUGUGUUCACUGGGGACGCCUUCAGGGUGUUCUGUAACCGAACCGAAGGGACGGACGGGCUUGGAGACGUUUCCUGGGAACUGAACGGGGAAGCGCUGCCCGCGAGAACCAACCCACUCACCGUCAGCCCGCUGUUCUCCCAGAGCACUAGCUUUUACAACUGCACGUAUGCAGACGGCUUCCAGGUAACGGGCGUCCUGACCGUUAAACCGAGGCCUCAGCUGAACCUGAAGCCCCUCAGCAGGACCGUGGGGUGCGUGGCCGGCCGGGAACGCAUAGUCGAGCUGGAGUGCUGCGUCCAGAGUCCCUACGAGGUCCAACUGAAUGAUCCGACCCUAACAGCCCAAGUAAUACCCCAACCAGGCGACAUACAGUGCAAGCGUUACAACUACAACAGGACCUGUGCGAACGGAGAGGUGCAGCAGCUCACCUGCCAGGAGGCCACCUACACACGGUUCAAGAGGGACCUGACUCUGACCUUCUCCACUGACGUAUUCUUCUGUGAGGACGAGGAUUAUGGGGGCGGACAGCUGCGGGACGUGGCGACGACAGGCUGCCAGCCGGACGAGACGGGGAACAUUACGGCCCAAUGCCAGGAGAACCGGACCUGGGUGCCACUACAGGACAACUGCGUCCUGUUCGUGCUCAACAACCUGCUGCAAGAGGCUGAGAACCUGGAUGCAAGUACCUUCCCAGCGUUUGUGGAUGCCCUCAGCAAUGCGACCGAGGAAAACACAAACAGGGUGUCGAAUUCUUCAGCCAACAUCCACACCAUCGUCAGCAUCUUCACACGUCUGGCAAGCGUCUCGCGGAACCUGUCCAUCGACGAGAGCCUCAUGACGGGCAUUCUGGAUACGGCAAAUGUUCUGGUGAGCGAUCGAUCCAGGGCUGCCUGGAACACCCUGAACACCAACUACACUGGAACGAACAACUUGUCAUCAGCACCUGAAGUCAUUCAAACUAUGAGCGACAGCUCAGCCUUCCUGGCUUCCAUCGAGGAGAUAUCAAAAUCCCUGUCUGACGAUCCCGACUUCAACGUCUUCACAGAGAGGAUCACCCUAAACAGGAGCAGAUUUUCUGGAUCUUUUAGUGCCAAUCUCUCCAUGGUGUCGUUGGAACUACCGGGACCGCACCGGGACAACAGCUUCAUCACCACCAUCAACUUCAACUCCCUGGACAACGUCCUCCUCCCCUCCAACGCCAGCGGUGUCAACACCAGCAACGUCAUCAACGGCAACGUGCUUCUGGUCUUGUCCAACAGCAGCGUCGACAACGUGACGUUCACCUUCGACAUCCUCAACCAAAGUCUGACGAGUCCUCAGUGUGUCUUCUGGAAUUUCAGCCUGCUGGACAACGACGGGGCGUGGGACGGCACGGGCUGUACGGCGGGGGUCUCAGAUGCCCAAAUUGUCACCUGCAACUGCAACCAUCUCACCUCCUUCUCCAUCCUCAUGUCUCCGUCCAGCCCGAGGUCAGCCAUCCUGGAUUACAUCACCUACAUCGGCGUGGGCAUAUCCCUGCUGUCAUUGGUGAUCUGUCUCAUCAUUGAAGCCAUCAUCUGGAGGAAGAUAAACAGGAACUCCACCUCCUAUCUACGACACACGUGCAUAGUGAACAUCGCCGUGUCCCUGCUGAUAGCCAACAUCUGGUUCAUUAUCGGUGCCUUCGUUUCAGACUCAGGUUCUGUGAACCCUCCGGCCUGCUUCGCAGUCACCUUCUUCAUCCACUUCUUCUACCUGUCUCUGUUCUUCUGGAUGCUGAUGUCGGGGCUGCUGCUGCUCUACCGCACCAUCAGUGUGUUCGGGGGCGGCCUGUCUGACGGGGCCAUGGUGGCCGUGGGCUUCUCCGUGGGCUAUGGCGCUCCGCUCCUCAUCGCGGUCGUCACCAUCGCGGUGACGGCUCCCAACAACGUGUUCUUCAGGCCGAUGGGCGUCUGCUGGCUGAACUGGUACGAGUCGAUGGCACUGCUGGCGUUUGUGAUCCCGGCGCUGUUGAUCGUGGUCAUCAACCUGGUGAUCCUGGCAGUGGUGUUGUACAAGAUGCUCCGCAGUCAGAGCAUGGGCAACUCGGACAGAAGCACCCUGUUGGUCAUUGUCCGCAGCCUGGCCGUACUCACGCCCUUCUUCGGGACCACCUGGGGUCUGGGCGUAGGAACGAUGACCAACCCUGAGGUCUUUGGCAUCCAUGUUACCUUCGCCCUCUUCAACUCACUGCAGGGUUUCUUCAUCUUGGUGUUUGGAACUCUGCUGGACGUAAAGGUCCGGUCUGCUCUGAAGGCGUACACGAGCACCGGGACCACUGGCACACAGAGUACUUCAGCCGGGCCGUCGACUUCCGGUGGACUGGGGUUCCUACGCAACUUGGGCAGAAGAAGAGGUUACAAUAUAAACUCUGCAGCUCCAGUGAGCACAUCUGGAGAGGCUGCAUCUUACAGCAGCUGACACCUCACAGCCAAUCAGAACAGCAGCUGACGCUUCCAGGCCAAUCAGAACAGCAGCUGACGCCUCCCGGCCAACCAGGACAUCUGGAGGGACUGAUCCUAACCACACCUGACGCCUGCCGGCCAGUCAGAACAUCUGGAGGGACUGAUCCUAACCACACCUGACGC